GCAGUCAUCGAGCAUUAUGAUGUCCCACCCACUAGAGCUGAGGACGGCUUCUAACACCGCUAUCUGCGUCAUUGCUGGCAUCGACAACAUAGCUUCACCGCUGGCCUUCGCGUCGUACCUGCUCGCUGAACACCAAGCAGUCCAGGACAAAGUUCGAGCAGAAGUUCAAGCCCUACUCCAGAAAGAGGGGAAGCUCACUUACGAUGGCCUGGGUGAACUCACGUACUUGGGCCAAGUGUUGUCCGAAACCCUGAGACUCUAUCCUGCGUUUGCAGGGUGGGUGCCCAGGGUAUGUGACGAGGACUACGAGUACAACGGGGUCCGCAUCCUGAAAGGCAUGAGCGUUUCCGUUCUCCCUCUCGAUGUGCACUACAACCCCGUGCUAUGGCCGGAACCGAAAAAGUUUGACCCCGAACGAUUCAGCAAGGCAAACAAGGAGCGCAUAGAUCCCUUCUCGUACUUCCCCUACGGAAUUGGACCACGCACGUGCAUGGCAGCCGCGCUCGCCCGGGUGGAGUUCCUCGUUACGCUUGCCCUGCUUGUGAUGCGGUACAGGCUGCUGCCUAGCGGCAAGUACAAAAACGAGCCGCCGAAGUAUUUUACAGCAUCGUUGCCGGGUUUUCCAAAGGAAGGCGUAUUCGUCAAACUACAGAAGCUUCAAAAUUCAUGAAAACACUUAGAAGAACGAAGUGAACAUGUAAUGUUCAUUAUAACUGGUU